AUGAAGGGAAAAAAAAUGUUGGAUGAUGAUGAAGAAUUUUUAAGAUCAAAAUCAUAGAUAGUAAGAUGAUAAGUAAAUAAAAAUAGGAUGUAUUUCCUAAAUGGUAGGAAUUAAAGCCAUUGGGUAAAAAUAUACAUAGAAGAUCAUAUCAUUCAUGUGUGACUCAUGAGAAUUAGUAAAGAUAAUUAGAUAUAUAUAAAGUCUAUAUAUUUAUGGAGGAUAUGAAACGAAUGAAGGAAUUUUGAGUGAUUUCUGUAGAAUUCCAUCACCUGUUUCACCAAAGCCUUUUUGUUGGACAAGUUUGAAUAAGAAGGCUGGAGGAGAUAGACCAUAAGAUUAGAUUCCAGGACCAUUAAGAAAUCAUACAGCAAUAGUUCAUUAAAAUAAAAUGUAUAUGUUUGGAGGAAAAGAAAACUUAAUGUCUCCAACAGCAAGAUUAUGGAUUUAUGAUUUUUAAGAUGAAGUUUUUAUUGAGGGAAAAGAAUGUAUAAUAGAAGGCAAAAAGAUGGCAGUAGAAGGUCAUUAAAGUUGUUUAUGGAAUGAAUAGGUAGUAGUAGUAUAAAUUAAUAAUAUAGUAAUAAAUGAUUGUAUUUGGAGGAUUCUAUAGUGAAACUGGAUAUAGAUCUUCAAUAUUAUAAUAUGAUAUAUAAAAGGAAGUUUGGACAAUGAUAUUUAAAGGAGAUAACAAUCAUACUCAAUUCCCAAAAGGAAGAGCCGAAGCAGGAGUUACAUUAAUAGGAAAUACAAUGUAUGUUUAUGGAGGAUGUAAUUAUGAAUCAAGAUUUGGGGAUUUCUGGAAAUUUGAUUUGGAAAGUAAAUAGUGGGGAUUAAUAGUUACAGAAAAAUCUCCAGGAGUAUUUAUUUAGAUUAUUAAAAAUAAUAGACAAGAUCUUCUACUUCUUUAUUAAUUCAUCCAUAAGGAAUAAUGUUAUUUGGAGGAAUUCAUGAUAUAACACAUGAGAAGAAUGAUUUAUGGUUGUAUAGAGGGAAUGAAUGGAUUUAAUUGGAAGAAGAUACCAGUAGAAGAUAAGUAGCAGAAGAAAUGUUGAAUGAUUCUGCUUUUGAUAAAGCUAGUUAAGCUAGACCAUAAAAAAAAGAGAAAGGUAGGAAUGAACCUAGAUAAUUUUUAUUAUUAGAUGAUGAACCUAAGAAUUCUCUUCAUUAAAGAAGAAAUUCAGUUAAAAAUCUUGAUUAAAAAUAACCUACUGAUACUGUUAAUAAUUUUCAAUUAAAUACUAUGGAUGAAUAGAAAAAAAAAAGACUGCUUUAAAAGAAAAACUAAAUGCUGUAUUAAUAUUAUAUAUAAUACAAAGAGCUGAAUUUGAAUUGAAUGAAGAAGAGAAGUCAAAAUUUAGGAGUUCAUCACCUACAACAGAUUAAAUUAAGAAUUCAAUUAGUGUUAUAACUAAUUAAGAAAAAUAAGGAGGAUAAAGAAAGAUUUAAUCACCAACAGGAAAAAAGAAUGCAAUUUAAGCAUCUCUAAAUGGAAAGAAACCAUGUGCUAGAGAUGGACAUAGUGCUAUAGUAAUGGGUGAAAUAAUGGUAGUUUUUGGUGGAGAUAGAAAUUUGAUGUCUUUUAAUGACAUCUAUAUGUACUCACUCAAUUAAAAAUGAUAAUCUUAAAUUGUUAUGAAUAACUUAAUAUUCAAUAUACAAAG